CAGUGGUGAUUCUAUCCACUCUGUAUCAAAAACUCUUCUUCUCAAAAUGCCUCUCUCUCUUCUCUUUAUCAGAACUUGACAGACAUGGCGGUGCCAAAUGCUUCAUGGGGCAUUGGCCAAGCAGUAUCAGCGCCCCACUUCUUUAGGCCCCUUUGUUCUAUUACUACCUCUACCAACAAGUCUACCAAUUUCGGUUUCUUCUUCGGUUCCCCGUCUUCUUCUUCUUCGAUUAUUAGGAACCGGAAGAGCUCAACUUUGUGCUGCCAUGGAAACCAGAACAACAAUGACAGCAACAUCAGCUCUUGUGUUGACUGGGAUUGGAAUAGAUGGACCCGCUAUUUCUCCGAGGUUGAACAAGCUGAGAGCUUCGCUUCUGUUCUCAAGUUUCAACUUGAAGAUGCAAUUGAGAAAGAAGACUUCCAAGAAGCAGCAAAACUGAAAAUGGCUAUUUCAGAAGCUUCCUCAAAGGACAGUGUAGCAGAAAUCAUGUCUCAGUUGAAGAUUGCAAUAGAUGAAGAGCGGUACCAUGAUGCUUCAAGAUUGUGUAAAGAUACAGGAAGUGGAUUGGUAAUCUUCCUAUCUUCAUCUACAGGGCUCAUUUGGGUUUCAGUAACCUGGCUUGGCUUGAGAGGAAAAUUUGAUGUUAGCCUCAAAACUGUAUUUGGAGCAUGGAUCUAGAAAUUUUUUAAUAGG